AUGGUGUUGGGAUGCGUGCUGGAGGAGGCGAGGAUUAAACGGCCGUUACUGGCUGUCUUCUACAACGAUCGGGUCGAUACAUUGGCAGACCUCUCGGAAAAUAUCGUCAAUGUCCCCAUGACAGUUCACCUGCAAGAAAAAAAGCAGUUCAAACGACCGAUCUUCAGUGCCAAAAAAUGCUUCGCCAGACCACGCGGAAGUGUUAUUUUUAAAACGCGCACCACGCAUUUGCACAACGAAUUC